AUGGAAGAAAAAUCUUCGUUAAAAAAUUUGCUGAAAGAUGAAGAAAGGCCUUACGAUUGUAAUACAACAGGAAACGGAACCGAUGAACCCUUCCUUCAUAAAACUAUGGGAUCCAGUGUUCUCUCCUUGAACCUGAAUAACUCUGGACAGCCCUUGAACCAAAUGGGCAUGCUGAGAAUCAAGCUUGAAGAAGCUAAGAAAGAGAAUGAAAUCCUAAAGAACAUGCUAACCAAGGUUAAUGAACACUGCACUGUUCUUCAGAAUCGAAUACUUUUUGAGAUGCAGCAACAUCAACUAUCUUCAUCAGUUAUCAAUAAAAACAAUAAUCAUGAGUCGCAGGGAAAAAUACAAGAUGUGGAGAAACCAAUGCUACACACUCGGCAGUUUUUGAAUAUUGGUGACUGUUCUUCACUUUCAGAGGGUUAUACAGAAAAGGUUGAAAAGAAAACAUUAGACAGAAGCCUGGCAUGUGAGAAAAAGAAUAUUGUUGAAGGUGAAAUGAACACAAAAAUAGCAUUGCAUGAAGCAAAAUGCAUAGAAGAUCAAGCAUCUGAGGUUACUUGCAGAAGAGCUAAAGUAUCCAUAAGAGCACGAUCAGAUUUUUCUUUGGUAAGAAUUUGUAUCUCAUUUGGUAACUAUUGUGUUAUUAUGGCUUUCUAUAGGACUUGAAAUUUUAUAUAGAAAAAAUA